GUAUGGAUGUAUAGUGAGGGUUGUUUAGUUGCAGUAGCAUGUUUUGGUUUUAAUAUUGUUUUGCCUAGUAGUUUAACACUUUCUUCCUCAUUCACUUAUCUGAUUAUUAGUUUACUAUUACAAGCCAUUGUAAAAAUCAAAUGUUAACGUGUUUUACGGACAGCUGCACAAGCAGUCUGUUUUAUUCAUUUUGCGUCAAGUUGUCUGAAAUGAAAGUGAAAGCUCUUCGAGUUGAAUGGCACGGGGAAAGAUAGGUCCAGAAGACCGUUUUGUAACAUGAUUUUAAACGUCAAUAUUCUUAUCUGUUUAUUUCUCUGUGGAGAGGUGCCAGGAAUCCAGUCUUUCGAACAGGUGCCUUGGCUGCCCUGUCAGCUGGUGGAUGAAAGUGUAACGUUCAAUGAUGAGGGACAUGCUGAAACCGAGUACCAACACAGAGACGCUGGGCUGCAGUUUGGCCAUCCAGGGGACAGUACUUUGAACCCUAAUACUAUCACCUUCCUUGUUACAGGCUCUAAGGUGGACAUGAGGAAGUACAUUGAAGGAGUAGUGGAGCACCAGCUGCAGUGUGAGAUCCGCAGGUACAGCACAGAGGGCCUCCAMAUGCGUUGGCCAGGUUUAGGAGCCCAGGAGCAUGACAUCUGGUUCACCUGCACCAUACGGCACACCGACGGUGUAUUCAUCAUCACCAGCUUCCUCAGACACACCCCUGCAACACCCACACCUGGCCAGGCACACUACCGCAACUGGGCCGCCAUCGCAGACAGAGCGGCGCUAACCACUUCAACUGUGAUGCUAGUCCUCACCCGCUCUCCCUCUGUGCGGGUGGGCCUAGUGAAGCAACAGAGCUUGCAUUGUCAGUUUGACGUGGACCACAAGGCAGCUGACCUGACAGUGGAAUGGCGUUUGCAACAACGUGGCGAACGCACCACGCUCUUCAGCCACUCCAGCCGCUCGGGCCAGACGGAGGGGAGCGGGGUGCUGCUUAACGCCAUCGGUAGGGGCAACGCAUCCCUGACGCUCCCCCUCACCAAGCAGAGCAGCGAGGGGACGUAUGUCUGCCUUGUCUCAGUGCCUCCGCUGUUUGGUAGCCAUGACAUCACUCUGCACAUCAUGGAGCKGCCUCGCGUGUCCUUGAACGUGGACUCUACCAUCUCCCUGGUGGACAGGGGGGAGCAGAAGGUGGUGUGUGAGGCAGAGGGCUACUACCCCCUGGAUGUGGAGAUGGAGUGGUUCAGGGAUCCCAGUGGUGGAGGCCUCCUACCAGAGAAGCUGGACACUGUCCUGUACUCCAGCCACCGCCACCACCAGGACGGGACCUACUCUCUGUCGGCCUUCUUCCUGCUCCACGCUUCCCUGCAUGACUCGGGCUCCAAGUACUUCUGCAGGGUGUCUCACAGCUCCCUGCGCAUGCCCAUCCGCAAGAGCUUCACCCUCAUCGUCACAGAGUAUGAUAGUUGGAACGCUGCGCUGUGGUUGUUCUUUGGCUUUGGAUCCAUCUUGGUCAUGGUGGCCAUUUUGUUUGUGAUGCUACCCCGCCUGAGCUCAGCGCAAGCCCUACUGAGAGAACAAUCCAGAGGGGUCCUUCUCUUCAUCGCUGGACUUCUCUAUCAGGUGGUUUAUUUUGGAGUUAAUGUUUCCCCUGAUUCUCCUAUUAUUAAAGUACACAAAAUAUAUAAAGAGACUAUCCCACAAGGUCAUAGUACUGCUCUAUGAUAAGAUUGUGUAAGGUAGCUUAAUUUUGCAAUAAAAAUACUUGACAUGGAAUAAUUUAAUUUGAUAAAAAUGCAUGAUAAUGUUUGCUAUGAAAAAUAUGCACUAGGAAAUUGAUUUGUUUAAAAUUGAAAAGCAAGGGCACGGAUGAGAUUGUGAAUAUAUAUAUAUUUUUCAUUUGUAUUUAAUAAUUGCUGUUGUGUUUACUGUUUUCGCUCUAGAGAUUUCUACUAAGUUAGCAGGUCAGAGUGUGAUGUCACAUCCAAACAAGCUCUAUUUAUACAGCACAUUUCAGACAUGGAAUGCAACACAAUGUGCUUCACAGGGAAGAAACUGAAAUAUGAGGAUAAAAACCAAAAGAAUAACAAGCUGAAUGACUAAAAAGCACCCUAAGGAAAAUCAUAGCUAAAAAUGUGUAUUUUAAGAGCUCUUAAAUAUGACCACAGUUUUGGCCCCCCUCUGGUUCUCUGGCAGGCUAUUCCAGAGGCUGGGGGCAUAAUAGCUAAAACCUGCCUCUCCAUGUGUCUUGAUCCUAGGUUUUGAGAGUUCAAUAGAAAGCCCCUUUGUAAUAAUCAGGUCCAGAGUAUGGCUGCAGUUAUGGGUGGGCCCAGUAACAUGUUGGAUAAUGUCCAUAGYGCUCAAAAGAUGCAUAAAUUAUCUUUGUCAACAUGAAUAUUAGUCACCCAACACAAUAAAUUGAUCAUAGUUCUCAAGGACAAUAGUUCAGAGAAAUCAGUAAAAAAAAGUGUGGCAGUGCUUUGGUGGCCUACACAGGGUUAUGGCCAGCACUGGUGUCUGCCAUUUAAACAGUAUAGCGGCAUGCUCAAAAGACCCAAAGUCGCCAAACUAAAUGUCCUUACAGCUGAGAGCAUUAGUAAAAAUAGAGGCCCCCCC